ACUCCUUGGGCGGCUAAUCACUUUCAGUACAACUGAGAACAACAACGAAAGUACAAAACCACUUCGAAAAGCAUUUUUCAAAAAAAAAAAAAAAACGGUUGCCACCCAUGUCGCUUAGAGCCUUGAAAGAAACUCUGAAGCCAUGCACAAAUUCAUCUUCUUCUUCUUUUGCCUCCAUUAAAGCUCGCACAGAGACCUCGACUUCCCAUAACUCGGACUCCACAGCCAAAAUCCCAAGAAAGCCCCCGAAAUCCUCUCUGUCGCAGCAGCUUCUGCGCCUCCAAGAUCCGCUCUCUCUGCCCUCAAUCGAACCCCCCAAACCCCGUGAAAGUAAUGGCGGUGUCCGACAAGACGAUAAUGGAGAGGAGGAAAAGCAAGGAGAAGCGGAAGAGUUUGCGUUUGUGAUCGAGAGGCCUCAUAAAGUGAGUCAAUUUCAGUUUGAUCAGACGGGACCCUACGAACCCUUGGUCUUGUCAUCGCAGGGAGAAAUUCAUGUCGUACAGGUUCCUUCGUCCAUAAACUGCAGGUUACUUGAGCAUCAGAGGGAGGGUGUUAAGUUUUUGUAUGGUUUAUACAAGAACAACCAUGGAGGUAUUCUUGGAGAUGACAUGGGAUUGGGCAAAACCAUUCAAACAAUUGCCUUCUUGGCUGCUGUUUAUGAUAAAGAUGGAGAUUUUGUGGACUCUACAACAUUGAAGAAUAAUCAAUUAGGAAAGAAAGGCCCUGUACUGAUAAUUUGCCCUUCCUCAGUCAUCCACAACUGGGAAAGUGAAUUCUCUAAGUGGGCCAGUUUCAGCGUUUCUAUUUACCAUGGCACAAACCGUGGUCUGAUUUAUGAUAGGCUAGAAGCACACUUAGUUGAAGUACUUAUUACUAGCUUUGACACAUACAGAAUCCAAGGAAACAUUUUGUCAGGAGUUGAAUGGGAGAUUGUGAUUGUUGACGAAGUGCACCGGCUGAAGAAUGAGAGAUCGAAACUCUAUGUAGCAUGUCUGGAAAUUAAAACCUUAAAACGUUUUGGCCUCACAGGAACCAUAAUGCAGAAUAAAAUUAUGGAACUGUUCAAUCUCUUUGACUGCAUUGCACCAGGAUCUCUGGGAACUCGGGAACACUUCCGGGAGUUUUAUGACGAGCCGCUCAAGCAUGGUCAAAGGUCAACAGCUCCCCAAAGAUUUGUCCACGUUGCAAAUGAGCGAAAACAACAUCUAGCGGUUGUUCUUCGUAAAUAUAUGUUGAGAAGGACCAAAGAAGAGACGAUUGGGCAUCUCAUGAUGGGAAAGGAAGAUAAUGUUGUAUUCUGUGCCAUGAGUGAAUUGCAGAAACGGGCAUAUCGUAGAAUGUUACAGCUACCAGACGUCCGGGCCCUCAUAAAUAAGGACCUUCCAUGUAGCUGUGGAAGUCCCCUUACUCAAUCCGAUUGUUGCAAAAGGAUUGUGCCAAAUGGAUUAAUUUGGCCCUACCUUCACAGGGAUAGUCCUGAUGGUUGCGAUUCAUGCCCCUUUUGCAUUGUUCUUCCUUGCCUCGUCAAGCUCCAACAAAUAAGCAAUCACCUGGAGCUGAUCAAGCCUAAUCCUAAAGAUGAUCCAGAUAAGCAAAAGAGAGAUGCAGAAUUUGCCUUGGCUGUGUUUGGCUCCGAUGUCGAUUUGGUAGGAGGGUACACCCAAAACGAGAGUUUUAUGGGCCUUAGUGAUGUUAAACAUUGUGGCAAAAUGCGUGCAUUGGAGAAACUGUUGUUCUCUUGGAUUUCACAGGGUGACAAAGUUCUUUUGUUCAGUUACUCUGUUAGGAUGCUGAAUAUUCUGGAAAAGUUCCUUAUACGAAAAGGCUGCUCCUUUUCACGACUUGAUGGUUCGACACCGACCAACCUGCGUCAGUCUCUUGUUGAUGACUUCAACAUAAGCCCUAGCAAACAGGUUUUCCUGAUAUCAACUCGAGCUGGUGGGCUUGGACUGAAUCUUGUUAGUGCAAAUCGUGUUGUGAUAUUUGAUCCAAACUGGAAUCCUGCUCAAGACUUGCAGGCUCAGGACCGAUCAUUUCGUUUCGGGCAGAAGCGUCAUGUGGUGGUUUUCCGCCUUAUCGCUGCUGGUUCACUGGAGGAACUUGUAUACUCACGUCAGGUGUACAAGCAGCAGCUAGCAAACAUUGCUGUUUCUGGAAAAAUGGAAAACAGAUAUUUUGAAGGUGUUCAGGAUUGCAAAGAAUUUCAAGGAGAACUUUUUGGGAUUUGUAAUUUGUUCCGUGAUCUUUCUGAUAAGCUCUUUACGAGUGAAAUCGUUGAAUUGAAUGAAAAGCAAGGACAACAAGACAAGGAUCCCCCCAGCAGAAAACAAGAAUUAACCGAACUUGGAAACAGUUCCGCUCCUCCAGAAGAAGCCAAUCCAGUGCCGUCACCAGAAUCUGAAAAUGACUCCAAAAAAACUUCAAGUAACCCAACGCUUGAAGAUCUUGGUAUUGUGUAUGCUCAUCGCAACGAGGAUAUUGUGAACUUCGGUCCUGGAACACAAGGGAAGCUGGAGGAGGCUGUCCCUCUGAAUGAUGGUCCGAAACAUUCCAUGCCCGUCGUUCGGAGAAAGAAACCAGAAGACAGAGAUGGGAAAGAAAAUGUUUCUUCUACCUCUUUUUCCAUGGGCAGGAAAAGAAUUCAAUAUAGCCUCCUUGCUCAAUCUGUGGGCAUGGGAGAGGUUGAUUUUAGUAAGUGGCUAUUAUCUGCGACUCCCUCAGAGAGGGAGAAAGUGCUUAGAGACUACAAUAGACGAAGGAGAUACCCAACGAAUGACGGGUUUUUAGAACAUUAUCUUUAACUCUACUUGUACAUAUUGUUGUAUAGCUGUUUUAUAUUAGUCGAAAUUUCUACCUUUCGGAGAAUUAUAUGC